CACUUAUUCGCACUUCCUUCUUCACUGUUUUCUCCCGCCACCGCUUUCUUCUCCACUCCUUCUCACACCCCCAUUUUUCUCCGUUCCACAACCAUGAACGAUCUCUUCAUCGACCGCCACCCCUCGUGUGUGCACUCAACCAUCCACCACAACAUCAUCUCCACGUCCAACCUCUCCUCCGCCGUCGGGUCCUCCUCCUGCUCCUGCGAGGAGUGUGCUCGCUACAAGCUACCUCCUCACUCCGAGCAGACCCCUGCCAUCUCUGACCAGCUCCUCCAGCAGCAACAGCAGCGGACCAUGAGCAGCACUGCCGAACAGGACGGGGACAGGACUGGCACCUCGGCCACCUCGCCUCCUUUGACCUAUCUCAUCAGACGAUCCUCGGUCGUGAACACAACCGCAUCACCAAAGAUGCAGCCUGCGGGAUUCGGGUUGGGAGGGUCGUCGUCCGGCUCUCAGAGGGCGAAGAUGCAGCACCAGAGACGAGCCUCGGUCGAUUUCCAUAACCAAGAGAGGUCGUUCCAGCAGCACUCAACUGCGUGUGAUUGUCGGGGAUCGGGAGUUGGAUGCGAAUGUUCCUACACCUGCGACUGUUAAAAUAUGCAUGCAAGGACCUCGAGGAUCCCAAUACCGCGUCAAAGGAUGGGAGGAAGAGCCAAUGUAUCCUGUGGACCGCUCUUUCCCUCUCUUAAUCUCUCUUUUCUUCUCCUUUCUGUUCCCGCCAAACUUUUUUUCUGUAACAGACAGUAUGUCAGUGCGUUUUUUACAUUUCUUUUUGCUUCCGUGUAUAUAUCCCACUCUGCCCCGUCAGUUCACUUCUGUAAAUAUUCGACCGACAAAUAAAUCAAAAAGCUGUCUUAUGACAUUUUGCCCAGUUUCAGAUGGGGUACCGCUUUCAUAAGCAGCUACCUUACC